AUGCUGAACUCAGAUGACCCCAACAGUGACCAACAGCCAUCGCGGAGCAGCCAUGAAAGCCACCGGCAAAGCAGCGUCCCUGAUCCGAAUACCGCUUGGAUACAUGAAAUGUUCAAGCAGCAGCAGAGCAUCCUACACCAACAGCAGGAAGCAUUUAUGAAGCAGCAGGAAAGUUUUUUAACCCGGAUGAUGUCGUCGAUGAACGUGCGUGAGCCGAACGGGCCGGAGUUUUUAGUCGAAUCAUUGGCGAAACAAGUGACGGAGUUUCGGUACGAUCCUGAGGAAAAUGUUACCUUUGCUGCGUGGUAUAGGCGGUUCGAUGGGCUUUUUGAGAAGGAUGCUGCUAAAUUGCCAAAUGAUACCAAGGUGCGAUUGUUGUUGCGGAAACUUGGAGUGGCAGAACAUGAGCGGUACAACAGUUAUAUAUUGCCGCAGAAAGCAAGUGAUUUUUGUUUCGAGGAAACAGUAGUGAAACUGCGCGCGCUGUUUGGAUCGAAAGAAUCGUGCGUCAGUAAGCGAUAUAAGUGCUAUCAAAUGCAAAAAACGAGCUCUGAGGAUUACGUUACGUUUUCUUGCCGGAUAAAUAAGGCUACCGAAGAAGCGGAACUAGCCGGGCUCAGCAUAGAGACACAGAAGUGUUUGAUUUUCGUGUGUGGCCUGAAAGAUGAGCAGGAUGCCGAUGUGCGCAUGAAAUUGCUGAGCCGUAUGGAAGAAAAGAAGGAUAUUACUCUGGCACAACUAACAGAGCUGUGUUCGCGUAGACUGUGGCAUCAUGUUGGAAAACCUGUAUUGAAACCUUCAAUGGUUAAAGCGAGAACUGCAUCUGGUGAUUUGUUGCACAUCUUAGGCGAAUUUGCUGGUUCCAUGAUCGUAGCGGAACAAUGCAUGAGUUGCGUGAUUCGAGUAACUACGGCGGAUUUGACACUUUUUGGGAAAGAUGCCAUGGAUAUAUUCAACCUUUGGGAUGUGCCGCUGACGUCAGUUUGUUAUCGCGUUGGUUUGGAUGAACCGUGCAGUGCAAUAUUACAGAAAGAGUUCCCAAAACUUUUUUCCGGCAAGCUAGGUUGCUGCACUAAGGCGAAAAUUCAGUUGGAGCUGAAAGAAGGUGCAACGCCUGUUUUUCGUCCGAAGCGGCCUGUAGCCUAUGCGAUGUUUCAAGCGGUGGACAAGGAGCUUGAACGGCUGGAAAACGAUGGAAUAAUUUCCAAAGUGGAUUAUUCAGAAUGGGCGACGCCAAUUGUUGUUGUGCGUAAGUCAAACGUAACUAUACGAGUGUGCGGAGACUACUCGACGGGCUUGAACGACAUGCUGCAACCUCACCAAUACCCGCUUCCUCUUCCUCAAGACAUAUUUGCAAGUCUGUCCACCUGUACGGUUUUUAGCCAGAUAGACCUUUCGGAUGCUUUCCUUCAAGUAGAGGUCGAGGAACUUUGCCGGAAACUGCUAACUGUUAAUACACAUAGAGGUUUGUACGCGUACAACAGAUUACCCCCAGGGGUGAAAACAGCACCGGGUGCUUUUCAGCAGCUGAUGGAGGUUAUGCUGGCAGGUCUGGGUGGCGUUGCUGUUUAUUUGGACGACAUUGUGGUUGGUGGACCAAAUGAAGAAGUCCAUAUGAAAAAUCUUCGAGCUGUGCUUAAAAGAAUUGAGGAAUAUGGCUUCACCAUACGAUUGGAUAACUGUUCGUUCCAAAAGAAGCAGAUAAAGUACUUGGGCCAUUUGUUAGAUUCGAAGGGACUUCGACCAGACCCUGCUAGGAUUGAAGCUAUCCUCAACUUGCAAGUUCCUACUGAUGCAACAGGAGUGAGAUCGUUCCUUGAAGCAGUGAACUAUUACGGCAAGUUUGCUGGUUUAUGGAAGGCAUUUUCGACUACAAACGGAUCAUAA